UUUUCUUUUAUCAUUCACUCAAUUCUAUAUGCUACACUUUGAAUGUCGUUAGAGUCUUUUCGUCAUUGGCUUAUCAACUUUUUACUGAAACUCAUCUUCGUUUCUAGAAGACCCAUUUACAGUCGAUUCCUUAUCUACUUUCUCUCUUUUGUCGUUGAAGGGGUGGACAAUACUUGGUUACUACCUGAUAAAUCUAGAGGGCUUUGGAUUGGUAAUGGUAUCUCUUCUGACAAGAAAGAAUCUUUAACUGAUCGACUGGCUAAAAGUGAUGUUGUUCUACUAUGGAUCCCAGGUGGUGGAUUUCGUUUUGAUCUUGGAGGAUUAUACCAUGCUACUUUUAUUCAUUGGCUCAAGAAAAUGAACGCAAAGAAUAUCAACUGUACCAUUCUUCUAUCUUCCUAUCGUCAUUGUCCCGAAUAUCCAUUCCCUGCCGCCUUGGAGGAUCUUUCUUCUAUUCAACACUAUCUUUUAAAUGAUUUGAAUGUACCAAGAAACAAGCUGAUCUGGGGUGCUGAUGAUGCGGGUGCGGUUAUUGUAUUAGAUACCCUUUACUACAAGAUAGAAACAACUCAAUUACCACAUGGAUUACUACUUUCUUCACCUUAUAUUGGAUUGGAUGCUGGAGGCAAGUCAUGGCAAGAAAACAAUGGAUUAGACUUGAUUACGGAGGGUGCUGUCAACAGAAUGGAACAGGCUUAUUUCCCUGAAUAUGACAAAGAUAUCAAUUACCGGACAUUUGACGAUGAUGAUGAUGAUCUACCAAGACCAUCUAUAAAUAAGAUAAAGCCAUUAGGAUAUCUUGAUACUAUUGAUGACAAUUUCGCCAAAUAUUUACCAUCCAAAAUACUGGUGACUGUGGGCGGGAAAGAAGUGUUACUGGAUGAUGCUGCAUGGUUGGUCAAGAAAAUCAGGGAAUCAGGUGGAUUGGAUGUCACUUUGCUACAGUCCCCUGGUCAAGUACAUCUUAGUACAUUGUUGGGACCUCCUUUUGUACAAGAUACUUCUGAAUGGAAUCGUACUUUGGAUCAAUGGACUGAAUUUAUACAACGCAUGAUUGUGAAUAAAUAAUGCCUUUCUUUAUAGUUUAAUACAGUAUGUUAGUUUUUUUUUUUUUUUUUUGGUG